AUGGCAUUGGAAUCGUUGAAGAACUUCACCAAGAGUAUGUUCCCCAGUUUUUUCACUCCCUCGUUAAUUUUAAAACCUUUGCCAGCAUCAGCAGAAGAUUUUCGAAAAGAACUAAAUUCAUUUCGAAACCUUGAUCAACACUCCGAACCACCACCCAGAGCAAAGCUUUUUCACUGCAUUAUUUCAAGUGCAAAAAUUAAACGUCCGUUUGAAUCUGCCAUGAUUUUGUUGAUUGGGAGUUCUGGAGUUGGAAAGUCAUCAACAAUAAACCAUUUGCUUGAUACGGGAGAAGGAGAGCCUGUUGCGAUGACCAGCGCUUCAAAGUCGAAAACAAAAUCAACAACUGAAUAUGUUCUUACCGUUGACGAGCCACGUUUCGAGGUGUGUGAUUUAAAAAUGAGUGUUAUAGACACACCUGGUUUCAACGAUGAUGUAGGCGUAAAUCAAGAUGCUUGUAAUUUUGUAUCCAUAAAAAGAUUUUUCAAAACACAUCCAAGUUUACCUGAGCAGUUUACGUAUCCAAAUCUUGUAUUUUUGGUGGUGAACGCCAACGACAAUCGGAUCGAGGGUCCUAAUAGCAAUCUUUCUAAAUGCCUUAGAGGCAUUAAGUUGCUCGAAAUAGUUGACACAAAUUGCCCUAAUCUCGUAGUAGUUUUAACAUUUUGCUGCUCUGUUGGUCAUAAGAAUGUAACCAAAUGGGAGAAAAAAAUGGAAGAAAAGAAAGAGAUGAUUUCAAAUAUCGCGUAUGAAGUGCUUGGAGUUCAAGCGCCAGUGGUAUUGAUAGAAAAUGGCAUUGAUGAGCAUGAUCUUCAAGAAGAUGGUGAUUUCACGCUUCUUCCUAAUGGUAAGAAACAGCCCAAGAAUUUAUACAAUGCCUGUUUAAAGCUUCUUGAACGAAACAAGGAUCUUUUUGGACAGAUGGUUUUCAAUUCUUCUUUCGAAAGAACCAAAAAGGAUCGGCCAACAAACGGUCAUGAUAUUCAGGCAAAAGAUUCUCGUGUUGAAGAAUUAUCCGACGAAGAAGAAGAAUUUUCGAAUGCUUUUAGUGAAGCUGCCAAGGGAGGUAGGAAGGGAGAACUUCAUGUAUUUUUUUACUGUUCGUUUCUUCAGGUCAGCAACUUAAACCAUAGUUAA